AUGAAUUUAUCACUAUCAUCAUUAAAUUCAUCACCUUCAUUAUCGUCAUCAUCCUCAUCACCAUCCCCAUCACCAAGAUCAACAUAUAGCACACCAGAUAAACAAAGAAAAUCAGCAGGUAUUCAAUUGGAUUCAGAUGGUUGUUUAGUCAAAAGAGUCAUUAAAGAGGGGUAUGGUGAGUUACCCCCACCAAGAAGUUUAGUCACUGUACAUUAUGAAGCAUAUUUAUCAAAUAAUCAAUUGUUUGAUUCAUCUUUACAAAGAAAUUUACCAUUUACAUUUCAAUUGGGCACUUCGUCAGUUGUAGAGGCUAUAGAGAUGGCAGUACCUACAAUGAAAGUAGGUCAGGAGGCUGAGAUUGUUAGCACUCAAAAAUAUGCUUUUGGAAAGUUAGGUUUACCACCAUAUAUACCACCAAAUGUUUCAGUUAUUUUUAAAAUUAAACUAUUAUCUUUUAAAUUCAAACAAAAUGACUAUAAUAAUUUUGAAGCAUUAAUCACAAGAGCAAAAGAAGAAAAAGAAACUGGUAAUCAAUUCUAUAAUAAAACAAAUUAUAAAAAAGCAAUUAGACACUAUGUAAAAGGUAUUUGGAUUUUAAGUGACCCAGAGCAAACAUUGGGUAUAAACGAGGGCGAAGAUAAACUCCUCAAAGAAACUUUUAUUGUAUUAUAUUUAAAUUUAGCCUCAUGCCAUAUCAAAUUAAAAGAUGGAAAGAGAGCACUUUCGACAUGUGAAAAAAUUUUAGAAUUGGGUGGAAAUACUGCUAAAUUUUAUUUUAGAAUGGGCCAAGCUUAUGCAUUAAAUAAACAAUUUGACUCUGCAAAAAGGAGUGUAAUUCAAGCCAUAAGAUUAGAACCAAUAGUAAAGAAUUAG